AUGGACCUCAAUGCCUUCGCUGUCGCGAUGCCGCCGCUUCACAAGUCUUUCAUUACUGCAAGAACCACACGUAGCACCCCCAACAAUUGGCCUCGUGAACUAGAUUCUCGGACUAGGCUACAUGCUCUGGGCAUGGCCGGCCUUGCUAUCCAGGCCAUCACCUUCACCAUUGUUGGGAUCUCGUGGAUUUCUAGAAUCAAUCUCUUUCGUGAUGCUUUAACGAGGCUUCCUUUCUGGCUCACCGUCACUGAUUGGUUAAAGCUGGUAUGGUGGGCAGCGGAGGAUGAUCUGGUGUUGACUGCAGUCCAGGCAGGCCUAUUUUUCAAGGCACGUCGCAAGGCACGGCUGCAGACCGGAGGCGAGACGGAGCCCUUACUCAGAGACCAUGAUGAGGAUAGUUAG